AUGAAUAGGUUUAGAACGAUCACGAAUCUCACGUUCCGACCGCAAACGAAAACAGGAGCUUCGGAAGUGUUUGAGCGACCAGAUUCCAUCACGGGUGAGAUCUCGUCUACGGUCUCAUCGAUACCGCGGAAAACCCCUCUUCCCUUGCAGCAGAUGGUGCAUCGGAAGCUGCUCAAUGCUAUGCCGGAUGAGGUUGAUCGGUCCGUAGGCUCCUCGACUCUUGUCGAGAACGACGUCAUGCGAGAUACGGAUUCGUACAUCAGGGACGCAGAGAUUCGUUUGAAUUUGUUCAUGAAUGACGUCGUCAAGGAUGAAACUACAGUCUGA